GAGAGGGAAAAGAAACGUCCCUCCAGUGCGCUGCUGCCUCUCUCUGUCCCUCUCUGUCUCUCUCUCUCUCUGCUCGAGCUGCACAGCACGCUGAACUUAUUCAUCUGCUUUUUCCGGCACCAAGUUCAGGGAAAAAUACCUGUGAACGCUGUUUGUUUCAUCACACAAACCGCAGCAGAGCCCCUGCGCCGGUCCGAGGGAGAGAGAGAUGUCCUGCGUGCGGAACAUGGUGAGCCGUUAGGACCGGACAGCUUCCUCCCAUGUGCCACCUCCCAACUGCCACCUCCGACGGAGAAACAGGAAGUUGUGAUCGUGGCGUGAGAUCCAGUAUCGCGGGCAUGAGACAAAAAGAGAGACAGAAUAGUGCGCAUGGGAUUGGAAGCAGAGAAUUGAAGUUUAAGUCGGACAAACAGGUAAAGCACCUUACCCCCCUGCAGCGCUGCGUAACCGAUGGCAACCUCUGUACAAACUCUUCCUUUGACCCGUGGCCACAACAAAAACUUCCGUGACCCGUUGCCUGUCUCGUCCCAUUGCGGCAUGGGAAGCGUAGGCAGCCUGGUGGAGAGGCCGGAUGUGUCCCCGACCAAAGGCAGCCGCGCAGUGCCACAGGUGAGACCCAAACAGACCAACAGCCUCCUGAAGAAAGGCUUCACCCAAAGGGAGCUACUCAACUACCUCAACAUCACCAGAAAAGAGCCCAAAGCAAGCGACGGGAAGAAGGACGUUGUCCCGGGCCGGGAGGAGGACAGCUUAUACGCCAAGGUCUACCACAAAGACGGCACCGAGGUAGAUCUGACGAAGAACUCACUGCCAAGUGGGGGCAAGUACGAAAAGGCUCGCUCACGGUCCGCCUUCAAGCCUGUCACCCCUAAAAAUUUCUGCUCCAUGCAAAACCUCUAUCCGUCUUCCAAGUUGGAGGAUGUGGACCACUGCCUUUCCAAUGGGCUGCACAGAGCCUACGCCCACGUCCCCAAAGCCAUCUCCACCUCUUCCUCCUCUUCCUCGCCCUCCCGUCAUGGAGGGCCAACAUCCGGUGGCAAAAAGGUCCUCUCCUCGGUGCGUGGGAUGAGCCAGGAGGACGAUAACCUGUCAGACUCGGGCCAUAACUCCAUGAGCAGCCUUCCACCGUACCGGCCGCCCUUCCGCCCACAUCUGUCUAACAUCAGCGCAUCCAUGGGCCAGAUCAACACCAUCGGCUCCCUGGACCGCGCCUCUCUGGCCCAGAAGGCUGUGGGGCCAGGGGGCGUGGCCAUAGGAGAGAUGGCGUGUCGGAGCAUGGCGACCCUGAGCCGCCUGGCUCCAUACGGAGGGGAGGCUCCGCCUCCUUAUGAAUGGACACUCUCCCUUUCUGUUGAGGAAGUGGUCCGGGAUCUGGAGGAGCGCCUGGUGGAGAAAGAACAUGAGCUGAAACAGAUGAGGAGAAACCUGGAUGAGAGUGAGGGCGCCAUCGCUCAGGUGUUUGAAGGAAAACAGCGUUUGUGGGAGAAGGAGGUAGAGGAGCUGAAACGCCUGUACGCCGCCAAGCUGCGUCAGGUUUCCCAGCAUGCCCAGCGUUCCCAGCGCAGCCUGCAGAUGCAGCUGUUAAAGGCCCAGCAGGAGAAGAACCGGCUGCAGGAGGAGCUCGACGGGCAGAAUAGGCAAAGGAGCCAAGUGGACGGAGCCGUGGCGAAGCGGACCAGUCCCACUCUGGAGGAGACGCAGUGGCAGGUUUGCCAGAAAUCGGGGGAGAUCUCGUUGCUGAAGCAGCAGCUGAGGGACUCCCAGGCGGAGGUGACCCAGAAGCUGAGUGAGAUCUUCCAGCUGAAGACUCAGCUCAGGGAGACUCGCACGGAUCUGCGCAACAGGGAGGGCCAGAUCGACGCUCUGAAGCUGGUCGUGCAGGGGACGCAGCGGCGCAGAUUCCCCUCUCAGCCGGCGCACGAGGACGGAAAAGGAGCUGAGGAGGGUCCUCCAGCCGGGGCAACAGGAGGGUGCGGGGGCCCUACGGAGGAGCGUCUGCGCGCAGAGCUCCUGCUGGAGCGCCGCCAGAGCGAGGCCCAGGCCACGGCUUUCGAGGAGGAGAGGCGGACGUGGCAGACAGAGAAGGACAAGGUCAUCCGCUACCAGACGGAGCUGCAGGCCAGCUACUUGGAGAUGCACCAUCGCAACGAGGCGCUGGAGAGGGAGCUGCAACGGCUGAGUGCAGGCAGAGAGCAAGGACGAGGAGGAGGAGGAGGAGGAGGGAGCAUAAAUGAGACGUUGGAAACAGAAGCACCAGAGCUGAGGAGUGAGAGAGCGGGUGAAAAACCAGACGACAGACCUUCCCCCGGUUUGCCGUGGAUAGACAGAAUUGAAUCAUCGGAAAUUUGAAUGCGACAGACUUCCUGGUAUUUGCAAUGCAAAGGGUUUUCUUACUGAACUAUUCUUUCCACUGAAGCCCAUUUUAUCAAGAGAAGGGGAAGAAAAAACUCUCUACGUUAAAUGAUGAGAUAGUCAAAAUUAUACGAUGUGAUACGUACUUACAUUUGGAGUCAAGUUCAUUUUGAAAGAUAUAAAGUAAUAUGCUUUCUAAGAUUUUGAUCGAGUGCGUAAACAUUGAUCAGAUACUAAGUUCUACGCCUGACUUUGAUUAGUGGUUUUAUUUUCAUCCUGCAUCGAUAUUCGUCUACUUUUCUCCUUCUCCUGGAGAAAAUGAGCUUCCAUAGAUUCCAAACCGUUUGCAAUUGCGUUGAUUGUGAAAUUCCCCGAUCCUGAAAAGACUGGACCAGUACCGGCCUACAGAACCCACUGAUGCUGAGCUGCACGGAGACACGGUGCGUGCCUCAUCUGUCCUUGGCGAGCAUCAAAAAAACGACCAAAGUGUCGUGCUUCAGACUGCUGACCAUUAAUGAACAAUGUAAAUGAGCAAAUUAAUAUCUGGAUUUUGUGUGAUCAUUUCGGUAGUUACAUUCUGGAUUGGACUGCUGUAUAAUUGUCCGUGGCCCGGUGACUUGACGCAGCGUGUUCGGUCUGUGCAUCUCCGGGUUAAGAAUCAAGCAUUAAAGACACUAAUGCUGUGUCUUUGCCUGCGUACCGCACUAAUAAAACUGGACAUGUUCUUAGUUCUUCGGUUUCCAGCUCCUGUCAGGUAAGAUCUAUAUAUUUUGUACAAGUCAUUUUGAUUUGAUUUGCCUUUAGUGAUGGUACUUCAAGGACCCUGUUGUCUUAAUGGACGUAUUUCCUCUUAUUUCGAUUGCAUUGAAAGGGAUUGUUGAACACAGCGGCCCUACUUAUUGGUGCGCCUAUCCAGCCAAUAACAACCUAACGCAUGGCAUAGGUAAAGUUGUUCCCUUGCAUUGUUUUUUUAGUAUAUGAUCAUUCAAACGCCAGCUCUAAGCCGACCCUUCAACAUACUGUGACUCUUGUCUAUUUACUGGAAUUAAAACUGUAAAGUAGAAAUAUAUGUGUCUGUUUUGGAUUCAUAAUAAACGUUUAUGAAGUGGUGUAAAAGCUG